GGGAGAUGUGAGUUGUACUCCACCUUAGGCAUGAAGGUGAUCUUGGGCCAGUUAUUUUCUCUCAGCUUUAAGAAGGAGGUGAUGGCCACCACUUCUGAAAAACAUGCAGGGACCUGUCCAGGCAGUCUCCAAAAAUCUUAACACAAUUGAACAAAAGGGGGAAAAUCUACAUAAAAUCAAUAUCAGUAUGUUUUUCUUGUUAGUAUUCAUUAUAUGGCAGGCAGAAGAGCAUUUUAACAACCUGCAGAUGGAAUCGGAAGCUAAAGAAGGAGAUGAAGAGAGCCUGCAAACAGCUUUCAAAAAGUUGAGAGUGGAUCCAACUGGAUCUUCUGUUAGUGAAGGAACAGGAUUACGAACUCCAGGCAGAGCAACUAUUGAUGGAGGCUGGCAUCAAAUUGUCUGUUCAAGAGAGAUUUGGCACAGAAGUGCACGGAAAACCUUGAAAGGGACAACAAGACCACAAAGACGCAGGCGUUCCAAAUCUCCUGUUCUUCAUCCCCCAAAGUUUACAUACUGCAGCAUGAAAGCAUCUUCUGUAAAUAACCAACUGAAACACAAAAGUCAGAUUGAUGCUCCAAAGAAUAAAAUCAGUCCAGAUCCUAGAGUUUCAGAAGACCUGUACCUAAACGGAAAGAGGUGCCCACUUGUAGACAGCAGCAACUGCAGAAAAAGCAGAGCGGGACAUCAGAAAACAUGUACUGGUGAGCAGCCUUCCAAGAAUUUAGGAAGGAAAUGCCAUACUUUUUCUUUGACCUUUGAAACCAGCCUGGAUCCUAGCCAGCCUUCAGAUUUCCAGUCUCUCUCCAAAAUGAGUUAUGAGAAGCAGUGCCCAUACAUGGACAAAGAAUGGCAAGCAAUAGAAACAUAUUCCUUUUCUGGUUUGCGGAGUGUCUUAUCAGAGUGUGAAAAGGCAGUCCUGGAAGUGCGUUCACAAUCCUUACCAAAUCGAUCACCUUCUAGUACAGGUUCGUCUGGCUCUGCCCGGUCUUGUUCAGAGCAAGCUCGAGUCUUUGUGGAUGAUGUGACUAUUGAAGAUCUUUCUGGGUAUAUGGAAUAUUACUUAUAUAUUCCCAAGAAAAUGUCUCACAUGGCGGAGAUGAUGUACACUUGAGAUGAGAAUCAUGGGUUUGAAAUUCAGUGGUGGUAGUGAAUAUUUCCUCAGUGCUGUAGAUGGAAAUGUGUCCAUUGUCAAUGCUGCGUGUUUGAUCAAAUGUUUAUUUGCACCAUAUAAUGUAGUUUUUUAAAUAAAGUUUUAAAAGGUGAUGCCAUAUGUUUAAAGGUGCGUUGCAUUAAAUCAGAUGGUUUAAGAAUG